AUGUCCGGAUCUCGCGUGGAACUUUCGAUUCACUCAGAAGAAGCCGGGCGUGCAGAAGGCAGUUCUGCUAUUGCAAUUCGUGAGGCGGGUUACUCUGCGAAGACUUACGCGGGCUAUCGUGCUCACAAGCGGUCCCGCCAAGCCAACCAGACUUCAAUUCCCGUUUCAACUCACGAACCGACAUCGCACAACGAGCAAACAAAUUCUCUUCCCGACAUGGAUGUGGAAGCCGCUCCGAACGCUGCUGCUGCGCCGGCUAUGGCUGGCACGAGCAACAAUCCUCCUGCUUCGUCGGAUCCGUCCAUUAGUAUUCCUGAACUUCUCAAGGGCUGGACGACGAAGGCAGUCAAGGAUUUCAGGGCGGAUUUCAAGUCACUCCUGAAGGCGAAGUCCAAACUUCAGAAGAUGAAGUUACUCGAUGAGCAGGGGGUGAUACUUCACAGUCUACGCACCAAGCCCGUCGAGUUUCAGACGAAGUACCGGAGCGUACGGGAGAAGUCUGCUGCGUCGGUUGCCGCGCUUCAUCCGGAAAAUCAGAAACGAAUCCAGAAGGACUUCAUUGCGUCUAAGGAGUUGGAGGUUGAGGAGAUUUUGGCGGCUUCUAACUCGCACGUGACGACUCUGGCGACAAAGCUUGAAGACUACCUGCAGAGCCUCUCAGCCAACCCUGACUUGGCGGUGUCUGACGCUACCAAGGAGAAGUACAGGAAGAUCAAGGGUGCGUGCAUCGAGAAGGCGCGGUCUGAGAUAGCGGUCGCCAAGGAUGAGAUCAUCAUCCAGGAGUUGGAUCGGCAGAAGAAACGUGAAGCUGAGGAAUUGAAGAAAGCUGCCGCUGCUGAGGAGAUGGACAGCAUGGAGAUGGAUCCGGCGAUCAACGAGAUCGUUCAGCAGCACGUGAAGAAGGCCGAAGAAAAGCUACGCAAGGAGUUCGCGGCGAAGCUGGACAAAGGCCUAUCGGCGGCGCUGCAGAAGGUUUCGCUGGAGAGCAAGAACUCGACGCCGGCCCCUGCUGCUGCUUCGACGCCACCGAACAAGAAGGCGAAGAAGAAGCGCGGGAAGAAAAAGAAAGCUGACGCUCCGACGGACGGCAAGGAGAAGGGCCAGAACGCUACCUCCUCGAAGAAGGCCUGGUUUGUGCCUACACCUACCAGGAAUCCGUCAGUCGAAGCAGAUCUCGAUCAUCUGCAUCGGCUGACUUCUCUUCAUUUUUUCUUCAAGGAGAAGGGUGACCCGACGGAACCUGUACGCUUUCGUGUGCGGAAUCCUAGUUGGAAACCUGAUCGGGACGUUGUCCCGGAGUCGGUCUUCAAGGAGGCCCAUUCGGACCUCUCUUUCUUGAUGAAAGCGACAACGCCACGGCGCGGUUUCAACCUCUCGUUGGGUGUGCGCAAGGCGUUACGCUCCCUCGCCUCUGACCGCAGCAUCGUGAUUAAGCCAGCUGACAAGAACGUGGGUGUGACGGUGUUAGAUCGGCAGCACUACAUCAACCUCUGCAUGGAACAUCUCGGGGAUGAAGCAGUGUACCAGCCGAUCCUACAUGAUCCAACGCCACAGGUCGUGAAGCAGCUGCGGAUCUUACAGACGACGUGGGGACCGGCUUUCCCUGACAGCCUCUGGAAGUAUUUUUUCAAGGAACCACCUGGAGGGUGGCGACCAGCUGCUUUCUACGCACUGCCGAAGCUUCACAAGAAAGUCCCCGUGGGGCGGCCGAUCGCCGCUUCACACUCAUGGGUGACUACUCCUGUGAGCAAGUGGCUGGACGCAGAACUUCGCUCGCUGGUACUUAACCGCCCAACUUACCUCCGGGAUUCCCUCUCGCUGCUGACGACGCUGGAACGGACUGCCUUUCCUACGACAGUUCUGCUCGCGACGUAUGAUGUUGCUGCGCUCUACCCCAGCAUCUCGAUUGAGCGCGGCCUUGAUGCGGUCAGCAGUUUUCUGAUGAGGGAGAAACCACAGCUCGCCCCACCUCUCAUGGCCAUGCUGGGCUGGGUCAUGAGGAAUUCGUUCGUGGAAUUCAACGGCCGGACCUAUCAUCAAGUGCGGGGAACAGCCAUGGGGACACCUGUAGCUGUCUGCUUCGCGGUCCUGUUUAUGAGCCGUCUGGACGAGCUUCUGAAGGAGAAGUGGACCGGGAUAUCUCCUCUGUACCAUGCGCGCUACAUCGAUGACGGGUUAAUCAUUUGGCCAAGGACGCGGGUAGAACUGGAAGCCUACCUGCAGACCUUCAACGCGCUGGAUCCUGACAUUAGGAUCACAUGGUCUAUCUCGGAUCGCUCCAUAGAUUUUCUUGACGCUGUUCUUUUCAAGGGGCCGCGUUUUAAGGAGCGGGGUACUUUAGACUUCGGCACGUACCAGAAGCCGGUGAAUAAGUAUCUGUACCUUCCCUUCGCUUCCUUCCAUCCACGGCACUGCAAGGAGUCUUUCAUUCGCGCAGAGCUAAGACGUUACCUUCUUCGCUCAACUUCAGCUGCGACUUUCCUAGCAACGAAGCGGUCUUUCUUCCUCCGCCUUCGUGACCGUGGUUACCCGCCCGUGUUUCUGCACCCCAUCUUCAAAAGUGUCAUCUUCGCUCAUCGUUCAGAACUUUUCGCCAGCACCAUCGCCAACCAAGCGCUCCGCCAACAGACAACUCUCCCAUCCCGUGGGCCCCUAGUCUUGAAGACUCAGUACACUCCUGUUACUGCACGACUCGGGCUAGGGGUCCUUUUAAGUCGACUUAAAAAUCGACUCAUCACACGCGGAUUAUACGUGGAGAAAAUGUUUGUUGCGUGGAAAAUUGGUUGUAACCUUCAGAGGUUACUGGUGCGCGCGCGACUUCCAAAGUUGCCCCUUGGCGAAAAUCUGAACCCAACCCUUCACGCUGACACUUUCGAGGAAGUUGAAGACGUGGCUGCCUGA